CCAAAGCAUGCCGGGAAUGCUAUGGCAACUUCGCGGCCUGGAGCAGCUGGUACGUCCUCAUGUUAGUGCGAAAUGCGCUGUGGCGUCGCUUGUGUCGCGGCCCGUGUUUUCCUCUCCUUCGCUGUUCCCGCGAGAGGAGUGAUGGCCAAUGGGCGUGCGGAGCUAAGCUGAGGCGGACGGAGGUGAAGAAGAAGGAGGAGGCGGCCUUGUAGCUCCUGCUGCGUCUACGAUGAAGGAAGAUAAGGAGAAUGCCAGGCCGAAGGAGAAGCGAGGAAGGCCUCUCACUCCGACCGGGAUGGGCCCGAUGGUUGUCGGGGCAGACGCCAAAGGUGGUGGCGAGCCUGAUAGGCUCGAACGGCCUAAGGACAAGAAAGAGACGCUUAGCAAGGUAGUGAUUCGACGUCUGCCUCCCAGCUUGACCAAGGAACAGCUUGAAGAACAUCUCCAGCCUUUGCCUGAACAUGACUAUUUUGAAUUUUUUGCUAAUGAUUCCAGUUUGUAUCCUCACAUGUUUUCCAGAGCAUACAUCAACUUUAAAAACCAAGAAGACAUAGUUCUGUUCAGGGAUCGCUUUGAUGGUUAUGUUUUUGUUGAUCACAAAGGUCUAGAAUAUCCUGCCAUUGUGGAAUUUGCACCAUUUCAAAAAGCUGCCAAAAAGAAGAAUAAGAAAAAGGACGCCAAAGCUGGGACCAUUGAAGAUGAUCCAGAAUACAAGAAGUUUUUGGAAAGCUACAGUGCUGAUGAUGAAAAAUUUACAUCCACUCCUGAGACGCUACUAGAGGAAAUAGAGGCAAGAAACAAAGAAUUAAUAGCAAAAAAGACAACUCCUCUGUUGAACUUCUUGAAGAACAAACAGAGGCUUAGAGAAGAAAAACGAGAGGAGAGGAGGAGGAGAGAACUAGAAAGAAAAAGACAACGGGAAGAAGAAAGGAGGAAAUGGAAAGAGGAAGAAAGAAGAAAAAGGAAAGAAGCUGAAAAAACAAAGAAAGUGGAGAAGUGUCCGGAAAAAGAAAGGGACAAAUCAAAGGAUGAACCAAAGAUUAAGCUACUUAAGAAGCCAGAAAAAGAUGAGAGAGACUUUGAAAAAAAGGAAAAGGCCAAGAAACUGGAGAAAGAGAGUCUGAGGGAAGAGAAGGCAGCCAGUGCGAUCAGCAGUGUCCCUGCCAAGCGCUCUGAUGGGGAGGCGAAGGAGGAGAAGGCCAAAAAGUUAGUGUUCUCUUUUCAAAUCUCCAAAUCUCUCUCAUGCAGAUUGGAAGAUGACUGUGGAAAAGACUACAGAGAAAGAGAGAGAGAAUAUGACAGAGACAGAGAGUAUGAGAGAAUCCAGCGAGAGAGAGACAAACUACGACGCCAAGAAGAAGAGCGACGGAGGCAGAAAGACCGCUUUGAGAAAGAAAUGGUUUUUAGAAGAAAAGAGGAAGAUGUGAAAAAGGAGAGAGACUCGUUGCGAGAGAAAGGAAAGAGAGCUGAAUUGGCAGACUACAUGGGCAAUACAGAGAAAUCCGAUAAAGCAACCAAAGAGGAUAAAAAAGAAGAUAUGGCCAAGCGAGAUCGCAUUAGAAACAAGGAUCGCCCAGCCAUGCAGCUCUACCAACCAGGAGCUCGGAGUCGAAGUCGUUUGUCUGCAUAUGAUGAGAGUGCUGCAAAGUCACCUGAUCAAGGAUCAGAUAAAAAGCAGGAGUGUGAGGCCAGUAACGCAAAAGAGGAAGAGUGAUGAGCCUUGUGCUUUCUCACUGACCUAACAGCCAAAGAGCAUGAACUGUGCAGUCCAGAAGUGCCUUGGAGAAAGAAGAGGAAGAAAAGUGGGAACAGUACUUUUGGAUGUAUUUGGUUUCAGAGCCUCAUUGCAGAGUCAGGACUCAAACAUGGGACUUUCUCAAUGCAUUUUCAGCUGGAGGGGGUGGUGGCAGGAAAACCACAAGGUGAAGAAAACUUCCCACUUCUGAAAAGUAGCAAGGUCAAAUGGUAGCCCAAAAUGAGUGCUGUUUUCAUAUAAAAGCCACGAACCAGUAUUUGCACUUAAAAUACAGCCAUCUUGGAGCCCCAUGCUGCUCACCUGUUAAUGUCUUUAUCAUUGUGCUAUGUGGAGUGUGGUGCUGUGGCCUGCAUUAUUAACUGGAGGGGAGGGGAGAAAGUUCAACAUAAUUCUAGCACUGAAAGCAUCUUUUUGUUUGCUGAGCUGCUUGUAGCUAAGUGAAUGUUCAGAAGAAGGUGUGAAUGCUAAACUUUUUCUUUGUUCUUUCCCUUAAAAUUGAUCUAGCUUGAAUGAAAUGGCUAAGCUUGGCUAUGGGAAAAGAUUUAUUUACACAUCUCAUGUAAUGUCCAGAUAUAUUGAUCCAACUUUAUUUUAAAGAUAACUAUAGUCCUUAACUCCACCAUCUUUUCCUUCCCUUUUUUCCUAGUGCCCUGUUGGGAAUUCCUAGUGCCCUAUUUCAGUUGUGCAUUGACUUCCCUGGUGCAGUAGAGCAUCUGGCAACCCAGAAAGAAGUUUUACUGAGAGUUGUGGCUCCUCUUUAUGCUAACACAGUGCAGCUAUUUUAUACUUAAUAAAACUCUGUGACAUAUAAUUUUAAA